AUGGUGAGGGUGGCUGGUUUUGGAGAGUUCGUCAAUGUGCUGACGAGGCCAAGUAAUGAUCGCCAGGUAAUGAGGGCACUCGCCGAAAGGUGGUGGGACACGACAAACUCGUUCCACUUCUCUUUCGGUGAGAUGAUGGUGAUGCCAUUGGACUUUGCGGCGAUCACCGAUCUGAGGGUUGGAGGUGACCCUAUCCCUUACGACGCUGCGGCAGGGAGAGACCCCGAGAUUCAGAGGCGUCUCCUAGGGUACUGGCUGAGGGCAGAGAAGAGGGAUGCGCCGUACACUCAGCUGUUGGAGUUUUGGAUGGAGCCCCAGGGGGGUAGGGUUCAGGAGGAGCAGAUAGCGAGGUGCUUCUUAUUGUACGUGCUCGAUGCAUCUCUGUUUCCUAACAGACGCAACCGAGUACACCUGUCUUUCCUGCUGGCCCUGAGGAAUAUUGGGGAGAUUGCCCGUUUUGACUGGGGUGGCGCGGCUUUGGGGGCAUGCUACGCCUUCAUGGGGUCUCUUUCCCGAGGAGCAGGGAAGAGCCUCAGAAGCUAUUGGUGA